AUGGAUGAAUCGGCGGAUAUAGAGGUGGAGAGAAGACACGCAGACGAGGAUACCCGGCCGACGAGCCAGAAAGAGCUAUGGGGCUGGUACUCUUAUGGCUGGGCGGCCGAGGUGUUUGCAAUCUGCGCCAUGGGAUCUUUUCUCCCCAUAACCCUUGAGCAGCUCGCCAGGGACCAAGGCGUGCUUUUGAAGGACAAGACAACGCACUGUCGCGCAGGCUGGCAAACGGAUCAUGGCGUGGGCCCUAAUGCCACCAUCUUCGACGAGCCUAAGCACCGACACAAUGAGUUGCCAGCUUGUGUGGUCUAUAUCCUUGGAAUGGAGAUCAACACUGCCAGUUUCGCCAUGUACACGUUCUCUUUCAGUGUCCUGAUCCAGGCACUUCUGAUCAUUAGCAUGUCCGCCGCUGCCGACCACGGUCGGUUCAGAAAGACGUUUCUGCUGGUCUUUGCCUUCACUGGAGCAAUCGCAACCGCCUUGUUCAUCGGCGUCGUACCCAGUGUAUACCUCUUGGGAGCCUUGCUUGCCAUUAUAGCGAACACGUGUUUUGGUGCAUCAUUUGUGUUGCUCAACUCUUUCUUGCCCCUCUUGGUGCGCCAUCAUCCCUCCAUCGCCCGUGUAGGGGAACGGGGCAAUACGCCAGAGGGCGAGGGAGAGGGAGAGUACCAUGAGAGCGAAGACGGCAACUCGACCUCGGCUCUAUUGCUGCAGAAUCGCCCAGACAGCACGGCUCCUACUGAAGAAUCACCUGCAACCAUCUCACCUGAGCUCAAACUCUCUACGAGAAUAUCUUCCAAUGGAAUUGGCAUUGGCUAUAUUGCCGGAUUGUUCGUCCAGACUAUUUCUAUUCUGAUUGUGGUCGCUACCGGAUCUACUACGUUCUCCUUACGUCUAGUUCUGAUGGUAGUCGGGCUUUGGUGGUUCGCGUUCAGCAUACCAGCAGCUAUGUGGCUGCGUCCUCGACCUGGGCCUCCACUGCCGGAUGAAAUGAAGGGUCGAUACGCUUGGAUUGGGUAUGUCACGUAUGCCUGGAAGGCACUGUUUAAGACCAUUGGCCACGCCAGGAAACUCAAGGACAUUGUGAUUUUUCUCUGCGCGUGGUUUCUGCUCAGUGAUAGCAUUGCUACUGUGAGCGGAACUGCUGUGUUGUUCGCAAAAACAAGCCUAGGGAUGAAAACCGAAGCACUGGGUCUGAUUAAUGUUAUUGCGACCAUUGCUGGUGUGCUCGGAGCAUUUUACUGGAGUUUCCUUUCACGCAUCUUCAACCUACGCGCAUCGCGAACAAUAGUGGCAUGUAUCUGCUUGUUUGAGAUCAUUCCGUUAUAUGGCUUGUUGGGCUUCAUCCCCGCGAUCAAAAGAUAUGGUGUUUUUGGACUUCAACAACCAUGGGAGAUGUACCCUCUUGGUGCUAUUUACGGAUUUGUUCUUGGAGGGUUGUCGUCUUAUUGUCGCGCAUUUUUUGGGGAACUCAUUCCGCCUGGAUUUGAGGCAGCAUUCUAUGCCUUGUACGCAAUUACCGACAAGGGGUCGAGCAUCUUUGGACCGGCCAUUGUUGGAGCGAUUACAGAUCGAUAUGGCGAAAUUCGGCCUGCGUUUGUCUUUUUGGCGGUGCUCAUCUUCCUGCCGCUGCCCCUGAUGCUACUGGUCGACGUUGACCGUGGCAAGGCCGACGCAUAUCAAAUGGCACUGGAGCUGGAAGGACAUCGAAAGGGCCAGGCAGAUGGUGCUCGAUAUACUGCAAUACCCACCAUUGUUCUAUCAGAAGAAGAGUGA